UGCUCGUGCCCGCAGCCCGCUCAAUCUGCGGACGGAUGUAUGUCUGAGAAAUCUCCGGUUCACGACUUGGGCUGCAUGGAGCUGCAGAUACUUACAUAGAGUGCUGUAUGUAUGUUUGAUUUGAUGGGCGGGAGCUAAGGUGGAGGACAGUGGUUUUUAAAGGUAUUACAAUGUUUAUGAUUUUCUAUUAAAGGGCUUGUUUAUGUACAAGAGAGAAAGAGAAGCGGGUUUACGGGCUAGGAGUUAGGAGUUAGGAUGUCGGUAGGUAGGCAAGGGAUAAGGAGGUCGGGCAUGGUAGGUAGUAGAAGGCAGAGAGAGGUAGGCGGUUAUACUAGGUAGGUAAAUGGUAAAAUAGAUUAGGAAAAGUAGACAUAGAUAGAAGAGAAAUAGAAAAGGCUUGAACGAUAACAGAAGUGGUAUCUCAAAUCAGUCAAGGAGAAGAAGAAAAAAAAUGAAGAAACUAGACAGUAGACGACAGACAGUAAAGAUAGCGAGCAGUAAGGACAGGAGCAGCAGCAGCGGGAAAGCAAGACGAUGUAUCAAAGACAAGAUUGGAUCAGGCAAGGAAAGGAAACAAAGAAAAAGUAAGACAGAUGAUGUAGGCGGUUGACAGAUAGAUGGGAAGGCGUAGAUAUGGAAAGGGUAUCUGAACCAAACAAGACCAGCCUGCCUGAAACCAGAACCAACCCCCGACCAACCCACUCCAACUGAAGCUAGAAACGACAGCAAGAAUUAGACGAGUGGAAAACAGGAGAAAAAAAAAAAAAAAAAAAAAAAAACGCACAUACAAAAGGAAAAUGACGCAAGGAAAUGAGAACGCCAGACAGACAGACCUGAAGGCAGAAGUAAGCAGUAGCAGUAAGCAGUUAAGUACUAAACAGUAGUAAGCAGAGCAGAGCAGAGCAAAGAGAAUAUAUCCCGUUAAAACUCGCGAGCGCCAGAACCGUGUAAGUAAGUAGGUCGGUAGAUAGAUGAUGGUGGAUUAUAGGCGGUUAUUGGUGUUGAAAAAAAGGUAUUGGGUAUUGGGUAUUGGGUAUAGGAAGGGUAUGUCUUUUAUGCCUGUGGAGGCGAUGAAAUGUAUCUUAUAGCCAUGCAAAUCAACAAGUUAAAAACGCAACACGCAAACAGCAUCCGAGAAAGAAGCAGAACGUGGUUGUAGUUUUUUUUUUUUUUUUGGUUUUUUGGUUUUUGUUCGUUUUGGUAGUUGGGAUGGGGUUUUCGGUGUUUUUUGAGGCUUUUUAAUUUGGGCCUUUGGGGGAGACUUUUUGGUAGGUUGGUUAUGGUAAAAUAAUGGAGGAGAAAAAGUCCGAUCCGCGUCCAUGUAAAUGCAUCCAUGCAAAUGCCGUCCAGAACGCAACGCAAUCCAGUAAGUAAGGGUAUCUCAAAAGGAAAUCCUGUAAUAGUAGAUGUAAAUGUUGGUAAAAGCGUAGUAUAAGAUAGUAGUGUUGGGUAGAACUGUGGUGUGUGUGUGUGUGGUUUGGUCGUUUUGUAUGGUUUUGUUUUUUUCUGUUUGUUUUUGGGUAUUGUUGUUUUUGUUUACUUUGAGACCUCUCGCAGGAGUUCACCACAGUUGGCGUCGAAGCGCAUGUUCCAGAGUCUGACACUGUUCAUGAGCUUCUCGGUGUUCUCGAGCUCUCUGUCGCGACCGAAGAUGGAGUCCACAAACUCGCAUCCGGCAUUACGGCCCAUGGUGAUGGUGGCAGGGGAGCCUCCGCGAGCGGCGUGUUCACGCUUAGCGGCCUUCCACAUGAAAUGCUCGCAGGCCUUGAGCAAUCUCUUGAAGCGAGCCCAGAGCCGCUCGCCGGACUCGAGGAAAUCUUCGACCAUUUCGCGGGCCUCGGUGGAUCGGAUGAGCGGGGCACACUCGUCGGCACGCUUGACUUUGCCCGCGAGCUUGAUGAGGAGCAGCCAGAGAUCACCGGCGACGUCUGCCAUGGGGGCGGUGGCGCCAUGGUGGAAGGCAGUCCAGUCGUAGAUCCAUUUGCCCAGGGAGUUUGCGUCAAAGACCGAGCCGAGCAGCAGGAUGGGGGCCUCCUUGGGGUUCCAGUUCUUGAUGCUGUAGCCUGGCGGGAUGUGGUGUGGAUGGGCGUCUGCCUC